UCUCCGUUUAGCCAAGCCAGUGAGAGAUUUCUUUAUUUUUAUAUCAGAUUUAUUUGAGGAAAAAAAAAAGAAAAAAAAAACGGAGCAUCUGUCAGGAAAGAGCAGGGGGGGAAAAAACAACAAGCAGAUCUAGAAAAACACGCUCAUGCCGAAUAAAGGACCGUCGCUGGAUGUUAGUUGUGUUGUUUUAGGGGGGGUACAGGCCUAACUUGUUACAGGAUUCAGAGACGCUCUUACAGACAAAUGAACUGAAUAAUUGAGAUUUGAUAACUAAAUAACAGCGGGGGGAAGAAGAAAGGCAUCCACCGAUUCCGCCGAUUCUCUGCCACGAACAGCACCACAGACUUCUCAAUGAAGGAGCCUGACGCAAUCAAGCUCUUCAUCGGGCAGAUACCCCGAAACCUGGAGGAGAAGGACCUGAAGCCCAUCUUCGAGCAGUUUGGCAAGAUCUAUGAGUUGACAGUGAUAAAGGACAAAUAUACAGGGAUGCACAAAGGAUGUGCCUUCCUGACAUACUGUGCACGCGAGUCCGCCCUCAAAGCCCAGAAUGCACUGCACGAGCAGAAGACACUACCAGGGAUGAACCGCCCAAUCCAAGUGAAGCCGGCGGACAGCGAGAGCAGAGGGGAAGACAGGAAGCUGUUUGUGGGUAUGCUGGGGAAACAGCAGACGGACACUGAUGUGAGAAAGAUGUUCGAGCCAUUUGGCAGCAUAGAGGAGUGCACGGUGCUCCGUGGGCCUGACGGUACCAGCAAAGGGUGUGCAUUUGUAAAGUUCCAGAGCAACGCAGAGGCCCAGGCCGCCAUCAACGCUCUGCAUGGGAGUCGUACUUUACCUGGCGCCUCAUCCAGCCUGGUGGUUAAGUUUGCCGAUUCGGAGAAGGAGAGAGGGCUCAGGAGGAUGCAGCAGGUGGCCUCUCAGCUGGGCGUCAUCAGCCCCAUGACCCUGCACCUUGGGGCAUACAACGCCUACACACAGGCUUUGAUGCAGCAGCAGGCCCUGGUGGCGCAGUCGGCCUACCUCUCUCCUGUUGCCACGGUGGCGGCGGUUCAGAUGCAGCAGCUCGCCGCCCUCAACCCCAGCAGCAUCAUUGCCACGCCGAUCGCAUCCAUCACCCCAUCCUCAGGUACCAGCACUCCACCCUCCAUCGCAGCCACACCUGUUCCUGCUCUGCCUCCACCAAUUGCAGUGAACAGCUACCCCUCUGUGCCAGCUCCACCCAACGGCCAGUCAGCCACUGAAACCCUGUACACCAACGGGGUUCAUGCCUAUCAAGCUCAGAGUCCUGUCCUGGACCCCCUACAGCAAGCUUAUACAGGCAUGCAGCACUAUACAGCCACCUACCCUGCUGCCUACGGCCUGGUGGGACAGCCGUUCCCCCACCAGCCCACACUGGUGGCUCAGCAGCCGCAGCAGCCACAGCAGCUGCAGCAACGGGAAGGUCCCGAGGGCUGUAACAUCUUCAUCUACCACCUGCCACAGGAGUUCACCGACUCAGAGAUACUGCAGAUGUUCCUGCCCUUUGGAAACGUCAUCUCUGCAAAGGUGUUUGUUGACCGCGCCACCAACCAGAGCAAAUGCUUCGGUUUUGUGAGUUUUGACAACCCGUCCAGCGCCCAGACUGCCAUCCAGGCCAUGAACGGCUUCCAGAUCGGCAUGAAGAGACUGAAGGUGCAGCUGAAGAGGCCUAAGGAUGCCAACAGGCCUUACUGAAGGAGGAAAACCUAAGAGUUCAAUCAAGAAAAACCACUUGGGAUGUCCCAGCCUUUUUUUGGUUGUUUGACCAACCGUAUAGCACAGGAGCAACACUUCACAAAAAGCAGUAUCACGUGUAUGCGCUUACAAAAACACCAACAACAACAACAGCAGCAGCAGCAGCAGUAAUGUCAGCAACAAAUACAUUCUCAGAAUCAGCAUCCGCAAUAUCAGAAGUGCUCCAGAGUUCCUACUGUAUCAUUCCACAGCUGGAUUCAUUUAUAUUAUGUACAUAUUCUAUUGUCGGCAACAAGAUCUACAUGUUAAGAAAAAGCAUAUCACUGAUGUUAUUCUACUGAACAGGGUUCUACUGUAUAGUGUGAUUUGUGGUCUAUGGCGUAAACAGAAGGCCAGUCUACACAGUCAGAGGCAAAAGAAAAUACUAUUCUGUAUGAUUACCAUUGGUAAUAUUGUUAUGUAGAGUUAGUUUUAUUAUUUAUACGUAAAUUAAAAACAUGGGGUAAUUAAACUGGAAGAGAAAUGGAUUUCCUCUCACUGUACAUACCUUGGUUUAAAAAUGGAGUUAAAAGGACUUAAAAACUUCACGAGUUAAGAUUCUCUGCUGCCACUACUUUUCAAAUUAACAAAGCGGAAGGAAGGGCUGGGAAUUUUUCUAUCUUGAUUUUUUACGUUUAAUUUAUUUGGUAAUCAAUUUGAUGAGGGGGAAAGAUGUGAAAAUUUCUUUUUUAAUUUAAGAGGAAAAAAAAAGAGGAUUCCUGCGGUCUACAAGACAAUGGACACACUUAUAGAGUUUUUAAUUACAUAAAUGUACCUAUGGAAGUUAAAAAACAAAACAAAACAAAAACAUAAUGUUUCUUUAUUUAUUCUCUA